AACUGCUGGUUUAAGCAAAGAGUAUCUAUGAAAGUUCUAAGGAGAGCAAAUAGAGCUGUGUGAAUUUUAUGAGGAGCAUAUGACCUUUAUUAUGAAGAAAGACAGGCAUACUUGAUUUUUGAAACUCUUGGUACAUAAUUCUUAGAUGGCAGUAAUUUAGAAUUGGCCACGUUUCAGAUGCUACGUUUAUAAGAGAAGCCUCCUUGACUUCGGGCAUUGUGUUUACUUUGCUGUCAACCUCCAGUUCAUUUUACUUAUGCUUCCCCCCUAGGUUUUUCGUUGGAAUAUACGCUGCACAUUUAUGGCGAUUCUGAGCGUGAGGGCAGACUUCUGCCAGGCUCAGCACAGCAUUUUCGCUGACAAGUGAGCUUGGGGGUUCCAUGUGCCAUAAUUAACUUUGCCUUGAAGACUCUGGACACCGAGACUGGCCUCAGAAAUAGUUGGCUUUUUCUUUUAAUUGCAAGCAUAUUUCUUUAAUGACUCCAGUAAAAUUAAGCUUCAAGUAAACAAAAGUGGAAAGUGACCUACACUUUUAACUUGUCUCACUAGUGCCUAAAUGUAGUAACGGCUGCUUACAUUUUGUAUGUGGUUGGAUUUUUUUGGAGUCCGAAGGUAUCCAUCUACAGUCAUUGAGGCCCAAGUUGAAUUUGGACUCGAGUGGAUUCAAAAUACUUCUGCUUAUCUUGAAGAGAGAAGCUUCUUAAGGAACAAACAAGUUGAAUAGAGAAAACACUGAUUGAUAAUAGGCAUUCUAGUGGUCUUUUUAAUGUUUUCUGCUGUGAAACAUUUCAAGAUUUAUUGAUUUUUUUUUUUCCCUUCCCCAUUUUUCCUGCCACACUCUUACACCCACCCACUCGCGGGCGUGCGCGUGCACGCACGCUCACUUUUUAUUUGCCAUAAUGAACCGUCCAGCCCCAGUGGAGAUCUCCUAUGAGAAUAUGCGUUUUCUGAUAACUCACAACCCUACCAAUGCUACCCUCAACAAGUUCACAGAGGAUUGGCCAUUUGAUGAUGGAGCUCCACCCCCUAAUCAGAUAGUAGAUGAUUGGUUCAAUCUCUUAAAAACCAAAUUUCGUGAAGAGCCAGGUUGCUGUGUCGCAGUGCAUUGUGUUGCAGGAUUAGGACGGGCACCUGUGCUGGUUGCACUUGCUCUGAUUGAGUGUGGAAUGAAGUAUGAAGAUGCAGUUCAGUUUAUAAGACAAAAAAGAAGGGGAGCGUUCAAUUCCAAACAGCUGCUUUACCUGGAGAAGUACCGACCGAAGAUGCGAUUGCGCUUCAAAGACACCAAUGGGCAUUGCUGUGUUCAGUAGAAAGAGAUGUCAACGAAGGCUGGCUUGAAUGUGGCAGUUAGAGGGAACUCUUGGUACCUGGAAAUGUGAAUCUGGAAUCUUAACUGUGUCAUCGAAGUAGUGAUGGAUUCAGUUCUCCUCAACCACUCCUAAUGAUUGGAUCACAAACAAAAAUGAAAUCCCUCUAUAACGUGAAUAAAAUGUGUAAGAAAAGAAAAAGAGAAAGGAAAAAGGGAUUAAUUCGGCGAAGGACGAGCUUGCUAAUGUUGGCGUUUGAAUUCCUGCCAGGAUUGAAUUAUUAAAAAAAAGUAUUUUUUCUUUUUACCUUUACAAAAUAGGUCUCUAAAGGAAAACCAGCAAAGAUUAACCUGUACAGACCAUCUGUUGGGGGCACAUCGCACUCCCUGCAGCCGGCUGUCUUUUCUUUUUCUUCCUUUAAUUUUCGGAGGGGAGGGUAUAGUUCACCCCUCUUUUCUUCUUCCUCCCUCCCUGAUACAAGUUGUAGACGGAAUAGGAGAAGUCCUUGUGGCUGUAGAUGUGCAUGCAAUCUGGCAGCCUUAAGCCUACCCUGGGCUCUUAUAGAAAA